CCUGUCAGAUUCCUUUGUCUGAGAAAAAAAGAAAAGUCUUAUUUUUAACCAUUUCUGCGUUAAACUGAUCAAAACCCAUUUUCCCAAAAUGCAAAACCUGAGAUGGGUUUUGAAUCUCUUGUUUGUUUCUGCUCUUCUUCAUAAUCUCGUUCACUCUUCAUCUCAAGCAAUCUGCUCAAGCCAAGACAGAGCAGCACUUCUGGGUUUCAAAUCAAGCAUCAUCAAGGACACAACAGGAGUUCUGUCUUCAUGGGUCGGCAAAGACUGUUGCAAUGGAGAUUGGGAAGGUGUUCAAUGCAAUCCGGCCACCGGAAAAGUCACACACUUGGUGUUGCAAAGCUCCGAGAAGGAACCUACUCUUUACAUGAAAGGCACAUUAUCACCUUCACUGGGGAAUCUCGGAUCUCUCGAGGUUUUGAUCAUUACUGGAAACAAAUUCAUCACUGGUUCGAUCCCUAACAGCUUCUCUAGCCUAACUCAACUUACCACACUCGUGCUCGAUGAUAAUUCUCUCCAAGGCAAUCUUCCUUCUUGUUUAGGCCAUCCUCCAUUGUUGGAAACUCUAUCUUUAGCUGGGAAUCGCUUCUCAGGUCUUGUCCCGGCGAGUUUGGGGAACUUGAGAAGCCUUUCUAUGUUGAGUUUGGCUCGAAACUCUCUCUCCGGUCCAAUCCCAGCGACUUUCAAGAACCUUCUCAAGCUUCAGACUCUUGAUCUCAGCUCCAAUUUGUUAUCUGGACCGAUCCCAGAUUUCAUAGGUCAGUUUCGAAAUCUCACCAAUCUUUAUCUGUUCAGCAACAGAUUAUCAGGGGGGUUACCACUUUCUGUUUACAAUUUGGGGAAGCUUCAGGACAUGUCGUUGGAGCGAAAUCAUCUGACUGGACCACUCUCAGAACGUGUCAGCAAUUUGAAGUCGCUCACUAACCUUGACUUGAGCAGCAACAAGUUCGUUGGUCACAUACCGGCAUCGAUCACAAGACUGCAGAAUCUCUGGUCUCUCAAUCUCUCAAGAAACCAGUUCUCCGAUCCACUGCCUGUUGUCGUAGGCAGAGGAUUUCCUUCUCUACUGUCCGUUGAUCUUUCCUACAACAACCUUAAUCUUGGAGCUAUACCAAGCUGGAUCAGAGAUAAGCAACUUACAAAUAUCAACUUGGCUGGUUGCAAACUAAGAGGAGCCCUUCCAAAGCUAACAAAACCACAAGACUUGAGCUCGCUAGAUUUGUCUGACAACUUUUUAACAGGUGAUGUUUCAGCUUUCCUCACAAAAUUGACCAGUCUUCAGAAAGUGAAACUCUCAAAGAACCAGCUCAGGUUCGAUCUCUCAAAGCUCAAGUUGCCAGAAGGGGUGUCUUCCAUUGAUCUAAGUUCAAAUCUAGUGACAGGGUCGCUUUCAAGCCUGUUAAACAACAAGACAAGCCCCUUCUUGGAAGAGAUCGAUUUCACCAACAACCAAAUCUCAGGGAGGAUCCCUGAUUUCGCAGAGAGCUUGAACCUGAAAGUACUCAACGUAGGGAGCAACAAAAUCGGUGGACAAAUCCCAAGUUCAAUAUCAAACCUUGCUGAACUUGUGAGACUAGACAUCUCAAGGAAUCAUAUUACAGGAGUCAUACCUCCAGCUUUAGGACAGCUCGCGCAGCUCAGUUGGCUCGACCUCUCGAUCAAUGCACUUUCAGGAAGAAUCCCGGAUAGCUUAUUGAACAUCAAGACAAUGAAACAUGUGAGCUUCAGAGCCAACAGAUUGUGCGGAUUGAUUCCACAAGGAAGACCAUUCAACAUCUUUCCUGCAGCUGCUUAUCUGCAUAACCUUUGCUUGUGUGGCAAGCCAUUACCACUUUGCAGGAAGACAAUGAAGUGAAAGUAACACACAUUUAAAGUGGCCAGUCCAACGCUGACUUGAUCUUAAUCCUAUUACGCAUUUCCGCAAAAAAAAUAGAUGAUAUCUUCUAUUUGUCUUUUUUUUUUUUUACUCUUUUUCUUACAAUUCUAUUGUUUCAAUCCCUACUUUUGUAUUCU